AUGGCCGCCUUUCUUCGACAAAAGCAGACAGGCAUGCAGAAUGACCUGUCUGCGUCAAUCAUCCCAGAGCUCUUCGCUCCCGAUUACCAGUCCGCAUAUGGAAUCAACUCUCAGGUUAGCUGCCUAGCCUACGAUCCGAUCCAGUCCCUCCUCGCAAUUGCGACCAACGAGUCCAAGUUCGGCCCCGGCAAGAUCUUCGUCUUUGGCCAAAACAGAGUCUCCAAGGUCCUCGAGCCGCCAAGGCACGCAUCCUUCCGCUCACUCCACUUCACCGCCAAUAAGCUUGUCUCCCUCGAUGCCAAGAACGAACUCGGAGUAUGGGACCUCGACACUGCGAAGCGCAUCGCUGCUCUCGUCUGCCCCGGUCAGGUCGUCUCCAUCAUCACAGAUCCCAUGCUUGAUUGGGCCUUUCUUGGCAUGGCCACCGGAGAGGUCUUGGCCUACGAUUUGGAUAGGGAAAACAUCGCGAGGUCGUUCCGGCUACUGAACUUCUGGAAGGAGAGAGAUCCCAAUGCCCGCAUUGUUGGGUUGGUGGGCAUUUCUUUGCAUCCGAGAGAUAUUGGGCAAAUGCUCAUCGCGUACACCACGGGCAUUGUUAUCUACUCGUUCAAGCAAAACAAAGCUCUCAAAUUCUUCGAAUACGUACUACAACCAGGUGCACCUGGUGGUGGAGGGCCACCUCCGGACACGGUUCGCAGGCCGAGAGUCACCCAUGCUCUCUGGCAUCCAACAGGAACCUUCAUCAUGACGGCGCAUGAAGAUGGCAGUUUGGUGUUCUGGGAUCCCAAGGAUGGCCGCAUCAUCAUGGCCAGGACCCUCACGGAGAUGCAUGUCGAUCAGGCAACACCGAACGCUGGGCAAGUCGGCUACGCAGAGCCAUAUGGACGUAUUGCUUGGUGCUGCAAGGAGAACCCGGAUGAUACUGGGCUCUUGAUUUCCGGCGGUCAAAGCCCGGAAUCCCCUCAAGAGGGGCUGACCUUCAUCGAAUUAGGCCAGACGCCGAUUUACGCCACUUCGAGUUGGCAAGUUCUCCAGGAUCAUCUCAAAGGCAAACGCCAAAUCACCUUGCCUACUCCACCGGGCGCCCAAGUCGCCGACUUCCUCCUCAUCCCUCGUUCUUCGCCUUAUUUUGCCGGCGCACAAGAUCCUAUUGCGAUCAUGACUCUCCUGACUUCGGGCGAGUUGCUGACGAUGAGCUUUCCGUCGGGAUAUCCCAUCAGUCCCACAAACCAGCUGCAUCCGUCCAUCUCCUUCAUUCAUCCAUAUGUGAACAAAUUUGCUGUGCAAACACUGGAUAGAGGUCGCUGGAUGGGCAUGAUUGAGACCAGAAACCAAGGCGAACCUUUCUUGAAGGGUGGUGCCGAGACCGCAAAGCCGAAGCGCAGAUACGAAGGCCGCACGAUCUUCCAGAUAGCACAUGGGGACAGCACCGUGCGACUUUGGGAUGCUGGUCAUAAUGAUGAGGUCGAGAAUCCGACCAUGCUGCAAGUUGAUGUGGCGCGCGCAUUGGACCGCUACGAAGACAUCGAAAUCACGGCGAUGAACAUGGCCCCCAGCACUGGUGAAUUUGCGGUGGGAACUCGUACGGGCGAAUUAGUUCUCUACAGAUGGGCCGGCAACCGGUUCUUUGGCAAAGACCACCAUGAGGAUCUGCCACCUAGUCCGGGAGCGCUGACGGACAUCAGCUCAAGAGCAGAGCCCGGUCUCAAGGAGGGCUUGCAGCCAUGGCAACUGUACGAGAUGAUGCAAGGUCCUAUCACGGCCGCCUGCGUCUCAGAUGUGGGAUUCGUAGGUGUCGGCUCUGAGGGUGGCUUCUUCAGUGUCAUAGACCUGCGCGGUCCCUCUGUCAUCUUCCAAAUCUCCAUGACGGAAUUCGCCCAGCAAUCCAAGAGAUCUUCUUUCUUGAAGGGAUCCCACGGCAACGCUCAUGGAAAGGAGUGGCCGGUAGCCAUUGAGUUCAGCGUUAUGACGCUGGAAGGCGACAACUAUUCUAGCAUCUGUUGUUUCGUGGGAACCAAUCUUGGCAAGGUGGCUACUUUCAAAUUGCUGCCGUCUGGCAACAGCUACUCUGUCAAGCUAGCUGGCGUCCAGCAUUUUGACGGCAAGAUAGUUGCACUUUGCCCCAUCCAAGCAGACUCUGGAAGGCCUGCUCUUGCAACGGGUCCAAUUGUUGCGGGACUCAGAAAUGGGCAGCAAGUCAAUGGCGUUCUGAUAGCUGUGACACAAACUGAGAUUCGAAUCUUCAAGCCCGCCGGCGGGAAGGGCGCUUCCAAGACCUUCGAUGACAUUAUGUGCGAUGCAGCAAACGUCACUGAAUUCGAACUCCACGGCUUCGCCAUUGUCGGUGUGUUCGGUGAUCGGACGACUCGUGCAUUCUCCAUCCCUGGUCUGAAGGAAAUUGGCAACGCGCCGCUCCCCAUGCUCGAUGGCAGUCGCACCCUUUCGUCCGUAGUGACGCAGACUGGCGAUAUCUUCGGCUGGACCGGCCCUAGUGAGAUUGCUGUCCUUAAUGUUUGGGGAACUGCCAAAAAUCUUGAGGUUAGCGAUGACAUCCUCAUCAACCCCGAGCUCGUCACACCUCCACGCCCCACGAUCUCGAACAUGCAGUGGCUUUCCGGCACGCAGCACAUCUCUCCGACUGACCUCGACCUCCUGAUCGACCCCAACCGUCCGCCAAGCCGGCGGAUGAUGGCGGCGGCGGCAGCUGAAGCGAGAGCUGCCCGCUCUGCAGGUCAGCCCGGAUCGAGUAAUGCGGGAGGAUCCAACGAAGGUUGGGGUGAUUACCUGACGAGACAGCUCAACGAGCGUACCGAGAAGCUGAACGUCAUGAACGACAGCAUGGACAGCCUGCAAAACCAGAGCCAGGGUUGGGCAGACGAUGUUGGCAAAUACAUUAACAAACAGAAGAGGAACGUUGUACUUGGAGGGAUCAAGGGCAAGUUCUUCUAA